AUGGAAAGCGAAAAAAGCUUCUGCCAUUGCUCUAGGAACAGCCACCUGCAAACCCCAAAUCUGCUCGCUUUCACUACUCUCUCUUCCACUAAGGUUCUGUGCUCCCCCUUGGCGAAGCAUGAUGUCUGCCCGGUUGUAUUGCUCACGAGGUCUUUUAGGUACGGUCCUUACCAGGAGCGCGCGGACAGGGCCAGUGGACGCAAGGGAAAUCGUGCUCACAGACGCAUCAGGAUGCUGGGAAGCUGUGGAUCUCUUGUCCAUAUCUCCGGUGAUAAGUCCCACUACGGUACAGACAUUCCAGCCUUCAAUAUGUGUAGCAAGUUUGUCGAGGGGGUGGGGAUGGGACCCACAUUCGCGAGAUUUCGUCACGACGAUGGUGAUCGUGCGUGGUGA